AUGGGUUUCUUCACGAGUGUUUUGGGUAUCAUCGGUUUCGCAAUCGGAAUCCCUAUUGGACUCAUCAUUGGAUUCUUCGCUUUGGUUUAUUCUCAACCUAAACACGAAGAGUAUCCACCUGCAAGGCCACUAGUUGAAACUAGCAUCAGUGUGCUUCUUGAUCUUUUACCAGACAUACCAUUAUGGAUUAAGAAUCCUGAUUAUGAAAGAGUGGAUUGGUUUAACAGGUUUCUCGCAUACAUGUGGCCUUACCUCGAUAAGGCGAUUUGCGGGAUUAUCCAGAGUUGUGCGCGACCGAUAUUUGCGGAUUAUAUUGGAACGUUCUGUAUAGAAUCCAUAGAGUUUGAGAAAUUGAGCCUUGGACCGCUUCCACCAACAGUUCAUGGUGUUAAGUUUUACGAGACCAACGAGAAGGAGCUUCUGUUUGAACCAUCAAUAAAGUGGGCAGGUAAUCCCAAUAUUGUUUUGGUGAUAAAGAUGCUGUCUUUACGAAUAAAAGUUCAGCUCGUAGAUCUUCAAAUUUUCGCUAUAAUGCGUGUAGCUCUGAAGCCUCUUCUACCGACUUUUCCUUGUUUCGGAACAGUUGUAGUUUCAUUGAUGGAAAAGCCGCAUGUUGAUUUUGGAUUGAAAGUGCUUGGUGGAGAUCUCAUGUCCAUACCGGGUCUCUACAGAUAUGUUCAGGAAACUAUUAAAAGGCAAGUUUCAAGCAUGUACCAUUGGCCACAAGUGCUUGAGAUACCUAUUCUUGAUGCUUCAACAGUGUCCGUGAAGAAGCCUGUAGGAUUACUACAUGUGAACAUCAUUCGAGCUCAAAAUCUCCUCAAGAAGGACUUCCUUGGAACAUCCGACCCUUAUGUCAAGCUUAGCUUGACCGGAGAAAAGCUUCCAGCAAAGAAAACCACCAUAAAGAAGAGGAAUUUGAAUCCGGAAUGGAACGAACACUUCAAGCUCAUCGUGAAGGACCCAAUAACACAAGUCCUUCAACUAGAAGUCUUCGACUGGGACAAGGUCAGUGGGCACGACAGACUGGGAAUGCAGAUGAUCCCCUUGCAGAAGAUUAACCCGGGAGAGAAGAAGGCAUUUAAUCUGGAUCUGAUCAAGAACUCGAACAUUGUUAUGGAUUCUCGGGACAAGAAACAAAGAGGAAAACUAGAGUUGGAUCUCAGGUAUGUGCCAUUCAGAGAAGAAAGCCUUAAAAGUAGAAACGAAAAUCAGGAUGAGUACCAGAGAAAAGAAAGCACAGGGGAGAAAUCAUCAGAGGACGAUGAAUUUCUCAGCCAUGCCGGUCUACUCACAGUUGCAAUCCAAUCGGCCAAAGAUGUUGAAGGCAAGAAGAAACACACCAACCCUUACACUCUUGUUCUCUUCAGGGGAGAAAAGAAGAGAACAAAGAUGUUGAAGAAAACAAGAGACCCACGAUGGAACGAGGAAUUCCAGUUUACACUUGAGGAGCCGCCAUUGAAAGAGAGUAUACGCGUUGAGGUCAUGAGUAAAGGAACUGGCUUUCACUUUCGGUCCAAGGAGCAACUAGGACAUGUAGACAUAAAUCUUGGCGAUGUUGUUGACAAUGGAAGGAUCAACCAAAAAUACCAUCUUAUCAAUUCCAGAAACGGCGUUAUUCACAUUGAGAUCCGUUGGACGACUAGUUGA